UCUAGAGAUGCCGUCGUCGUCGCCGCCGCAAACCAACAGUUUGAACGUUUAACGCGAUGAGAAACGAUCAUCAUCUCAGCUGCGUCGAUUAAGUUUUAGUUUACAAGAUUAGUUUUAAUAAAUUAUAUUCAGUGACCCGUGAUGGAAUUGGUUAUCUACUGAAAACAAUUAAAAAAAAUCGAAAGAGAUAAUAGUAAUUCGGUGUGUUUUUUGAAUCAUCUUUGAAUCAGACUGUAAACUCCGCGUCGAUUUUGGGGUUUUCUCAUAUCAUAUAAGAUUAUGAGACGGAGAGUAUCGCCUACGAUCGUCGUUUCGUCUGGAAGAAUACAGGAAGUGUUACUGGAAGAUUAAUCGAAUUAAGGAAGUUGGUAAUUUAAAUUUAUAAACUAAAAGAGUCAUGACGAAAAUGAAUUUUUAUUACACCACCUUGGUAAUAAAUCUGCUUGUGAUUGUUGCGAAAACGUCUAAAGUGGAUUCGAACGCGGCUGAACGUUGCCCCGGAAGUCCGGAAAGGGGGCCGUGCAAUCGGAAUUUUUACAAAUGGGCUUACGAUCCGAAUAAAAAAACAUGUUCGAUAUUUAUUUGGGGAGGAUGUGCUGGAAAUGAUAAGAAUCGGUUUGAUACGGAAAUGCAAUGUGUUCAAGCUUGUAUAACAAUAAACGAUACCGAUGAUGAUAUGAAUGCUGUUCCUAAAGAAAAUCGCGGUCCGGAAUUAACGUUUCAAGAAACCGGAAACGAAACGACCUUUAUGUUCGCGCAGGCUAAUACGUUUAUUCAAAUCGAUGGUGAUAUCAUACAAACUUUUCAAUUAAGACUGUGCCGUGAAAUUUCUUUUAAAUUUCGGACGCGACUUCCACACGGCUUAUUGGCUUACCAUAACGUGAAAGUCCCAGCUGGGGUCCAAUUUCAACCGUAUGCACUUUAUAUAAUCGUCCAACAAGGGCAAUUAAAAGUCGUUCAUGUUUAUGGAAAACAUUCGACAGCUUUAACAGUAGGAAGUGGACUUAAUAGAGAUGAAUGGCAUUCAGUUACGGUUCGUAUUGAUGUCCACGGUGCAAGAUUAAUGGCAAUGGUAGACGAUUUAAAAGGUGAAACCGAUUUGAUAGGUUUAGAUAAAGACAACAAUUACGGCGUCUCGGCAAACGUAACAUCGGUAAUUUUAAUCGGCGGUUUAAGUUCAGAAGAACGUUUACACGGCGUUAAAUACAUAAUAGAGUCUUUCGUGGGUUGUAUAAAAAACGUCGUUUUAAGUACGGGAAAAUCGGCCUCGGAAUUAUUACGAAUAACUCCCUUAAUAGCAACAAAACACGAAAAUGUCCAAGAAGGUUGUAAAAAUAAAUGUUACAGUCACGAGAAUCUUUGUUUCGAAGGAUCGCAAUGCGUUAACCAUUAUAAUAUGUUAUCAUGUGAUUGUUUUGGAACUCGUUAUGAAGGCGAAUAUUGUGAUAUUUACACUGCCACCGUUUUAACACUUCGCGGAUCUUCUUAUGUUUCUUAUAGAGUUUACGAUUGGAAAGAUCGUGUUCAUUCGGCGGUUAAUAGAUUUUCGAUGUUAUUUAAAACUCGAUUUGAUGAUUCUGCGUUAUUUUAUGCAAGCGGAGGAGAUUACGGAAUCGAUCAUUACAUAGCUGCGUCGAUUUUUAACAAUUCUGUUUAUGUAAAUAUUCAAUUUGGUGAUAAACCAAUGAGUGUUGUUUUAGGAGAAAAGGCCGAUUUUUCAAAGUGGAACAAUUUAACAAUUUUCCACGAACACAAUAAUGUUAGAGUUUCAUUAAACGAUGAAUCAAUCUCGUUUAAUUUAACAGGAAAUCAAUUGCUUUACAUCGAUCCUGAAAUUUAUAUCGGAGGUGGACCUGAGUUAUCAAAAAAAGGAGGAUUACAAUCUAAAAAUAAUUUCGCCGGAUGUGUCCAAUACGUUUUUUACAACGAUAUUUCAAUUAUUUACGAACUAAAAAAGAUGAAUCCUAAAGUACAUUAUAUUGGGAUUUUGAGGCCGGAAUUUUUCGAAGCCGAUGUUGAGGUAAUCCCGUUAACAUAUCCAUUUGCUUCUUCGCAUAUUUGGUGGCCGAAUGAUUACACCGAUCGAUUAUCGUUAGAAUUUGACUUCAAAACGAGCAGUAAUUUAAGCGUAUUAGCUUCAAGUGAUGCUAAAACUGGUUAUUAUUGGGAAGUACGAGUCGUAAACGAUGAAGUUCGUUUCGAAUUGGCCGAUUCUAACAAAAACGCAACACAUUUAAUAACCGUUAAAAAAAUGCGUGGAAUUUGGCAUACUUUAAUUUUAAGUUACGAACAAGGAACUGUAUUCUUAAAAGUUGAUGAUAAGUUUAAACGCGAAAAAUUAGGGGAUUUAACAUUCGCCGUUGGUGAUAAAAUCAAAAUUGGAAGUGGUUCUCGCACUAAUUCUGGUGUAGUUGGUUGUAUGCGGGAUAUAACAGUAAACGGUGUUAAUUUAGAACCAAGAUCCGUUGUGGAAAGUGAAAGAGUCGUCGGCGAAGUAACUUUAGAUGAUUGCCGUUUUAUCGAUCCUUGUAGGCGACCAAAUACUUGCGAACACGGCGGAAAAUGUUCUGUUAAAGAAGAUAAAUUAACUUGUGAUUGUGAAGGAACUGGUUAUUUAGGAAAAAAUUGCCAUUUUGCAAAGUAUCGGAAAACUUGCGAAGAACUCGCUCUUUUGGGUUACACAAAACCCAAUGUUCACUUAAUUGAUAUUGAUGGAAAUGGGGUGUUUCCCCCGGCUCACGUUCGAUGUGAAUUCCAAGGGAACGAAGACUCCACCAAAACCAUCGUAGAACACAAUUUACCGAAUCAAAUUGACGUUCGAUCACCGUCGGAAAAAGAUUUUAAAUUUACCAUUAAAUAUCGCGAAUUUAACGCGGAUAUGCUUCAAGAAUUGGUUUCUCAUUCUUUAAAUUGCAGUCAAUACAUUAAAUAUGAAUGUCGGAUGGCUCCUUUGGAAUUACAUUCAGCUACGUGGUUUAUCAGUUCUGCUAAUCAUACAGUGGAUUUUAUUGGAGAUGUUAAAAGAGGAACUUGUCCGUGUUCGCUUGAAAAAAAUUGCGAAAAUCCAUCACAAUGGUGCAACUGUGAUGGUUUAACAGACGAUAAAUGGACAUCGGACGAAGGCUAUUUUACGACGAGUAAUAGUUUGGGAAUAAUGGAAAUGGUUUUCCUUCAACAACCUGAUUUACCGCCUAACGCUCAAGCAAGAAUCACCUUAGGACCAUUAGAAUGUGUAGAAACCAAUACACAAAAAUACGUGGUAACUUUUACAACCAGUCAAUCGUACAUCGAAGUUCCUGGUUGGAGAAAAGGUGAUUUAGCGUUUUCUUUUCGAACAACGGGAAAAAAGGCCAUUUUGCUGUAUCAACCACCGAUUCGACCAAAUUAUCCCAGUUUUAUGGUCGCUUUAACAAACGAUUUCCAGCUUACUUUUAAUUUUACUUUGAAUACUGGAGUUUCAAAAGAAUUGGUUAUCGUUUCACAUCGAAGAUUAAACGGCGGGGAAUGGCAUAAAUUAUGGAUUGAUUAUAAUAAAUAUCAUGUUAGGUUUAUGAUAAAUGAAGAUUCUCAAAUGGAGGAUUUAAAACCUGAAGAAGAGUUUGGGCCAUUUGAGGGAUCUAUGUUUAUUGGUGGUGCUCCUUUAGACUAUUUGCAUCCAUCAAAAACAUCAGUUCAUCAAGGAUUAAUCGGUUGUUUUCGUGGUUUGGUGGUAAACGAAGAAAUUUUAGACAUCUACAGUUACAUGAGCGUACAUUUAAGCGAAAUUAUUAAAGAUUGCAAACCAUCGUGCGUACCAAAUCCUUGCAAAAACGGGGCCCAAUGCAAAGAAUUAUGGAGUACUUUUGAAUGUAUUUGCCCAAAUCCUUGGGCUUACAAAGGAGACCAUUGUGAAAUAAAUAUCAACAAAAACGCGAUUACUUUUACACACCCAGAUUCAUAUAUAAAAAGGAAUUUCUUAAACGGUGAUAAACAAGAAGAUAAAGACGUUUUAAGGAAGAUAUUUGUAGAUGAUGUUUUAAUAAAUUUGAGAACAUACGAUGAUAGAUCGUUGGUUUUAUACGCAAACGAUCAUUUAAAUAAUUUCAUGCACAUUUCUUUGUAUAACGGAACUCAAGUUGUUUAUCUGUUUAAUCAUGGCGAUACAAUACACAAUAUUACCGUGGAAUAUUUGGAAUUAAAUAGUUCCAAUUCUGUGCAAAUUGCCAUUGUUAGAACGAUUGAAAAUACCACAUUAUACGUUAACGAUAAAAAUAAAACGGUUAAUAUCGGGAUCAAAUUGUUGGAGAGUUACUCAAAUAAGCCUUGGUCAAACCCAGAAAAAGAAAUUUUAGCCCCACAACGCCCACCAGCACCACCCACUGAGUAUUUCCAAUUAAAUUUAGGUGGAUAUGACACUGAAACACUACUAAAAGUUUCUGAUAGCUCCGAAACGCUUCCCGGUUACGUUGGAUGUAUUCGCGGAUUACAAAUAGGAGAAGUCUUAGUUAAUUUAACUUCAUUAGUUGCUGAUAACGCAUACGGCCCUACUGAUGAAGAUUGUAAUCACAAAAGUGUAAUACAAAAUUGUGAAAUGAAAUGCGACACCCUUCCGUGUAAAAACGGCGGAAUAUGCAUCGAAGAUUUUCGAAAACAAAUCCACACCUGCGAUUGCGAGCAUACGAGUUAUUAUGGAAAUUUCUGUUCCGAUGAAAAAGGCGCCGAUUUUAGCGGAGAAUCAAUUUUAUCAAGAAAUUUCUUGUUAGAAGGUCCCGUUGAUCAUAUUAAACUUCAACUGGCGUUUUCCAGCAUGGAUGUAAGCCAAAGAGAUACAGUUUUGUUACUUCUUCAAACUGAAAAUAAUCGUAGUUAUUACCUUUUGGUUGGAUUAAGUCCGGAUGGUUAUUUGAUCGUCCAAGAAGAUCGAGAAGGAGCUGUUUAUUCGAAGACGAUCGCUAAAAGCUUUAUUAAAUCAGCUAGACACUCCGUUUAUUAUAGACGAGAUCAUAAUGUUUCUGAAUUACUUGUUGAUAAAGAAGCUAUCCCAAUGGAUCAAAUUACGGUUGAUACUUUUAGAAAGGUACCUCAAGUUGGAUCAAAUGAGGUUUAUAUCGGUGGACAUAGCACUGAUGAUCCAAGAUUCGCCACUUAUAAAGGUUAUAGCGGAUGUUUAUCAAACGUUUACAUCGAAGUUAACGAGCAAGUUAUGAAACCUUUAGAAGAAUACAUGUUAUUUACAAGUACAGGGUCAGAAAAAGUGAAUGUUACGCGAUCACAAGGUGUAAGAAGCGCGCAGUGUAAUCCACAUUUUGAUAUUCCACAUAAAGUACCAACUGGACCCACCAAUUUAAAUAUAAGCCAAGGUAAAGAUAUUACUUGGGUUGAAGAUGCCCCACAAAGAGUACAAUAUAAAAGUAUUUACUCAGUAACUGCGAUUGAGGAGGAUGGAAGAGGAAGAAUUGCUUUAAUUACUUUAUCAGUAUUAUUUGUAGUUAUUAUAAUAUGCUGUGCAUAUGAAGUUUAUAGGAAUGAUAAACAAUAUCGGAGAAGGAAAGAAAUGGAAACUGACGCUGGAAUUCUUUGGUCUAAAGAACAAGCUGCUAAAAUUCUAGAUAAGGCUGCCACACCAAAUACUCCUCACCGACAACCAUCAUUAAACGGAAAAAUACCUAAUAAAAAUGGUAUUGGUGAAAACGGAAGUCAAACAAAUCCCGAAGAAGUUGCUUUAAUCGAAAAAUUAAUUCCUGAUGAAAACGUGAUUAAAAGAAAUGAUAAAAAAGAAAAAAGAAUUAGUUUUAGAGAUAGUGCCAGUGAAUUAAAUUGGGAUACACCAAGCGAAUCAUUAGAUCAUAUAAACAAAAUCCACGAUAUAACCGAAGAAGACGAACAGGAAGAAGGAUUAGAUUACUUUGAUGAUAACGCUUCGCAUACAACCACAGAAGCUAAUGGUCACGAUGAUGAAGAACCCGUAAGUAAUUUAAACAAACUGGCUCCAUUGAGUAGUAUCAGUGAAGUAACACUUGGCACGCAUUCAUCGUCAAUUAUGGAUUUAACACCAAUUAAAAACGGAAGCAUUAAUCAUUUUUAAUAAUUUAACAGAAAAAUUACGCUUAAUUAACCAAAUUUAUUAAUAACUUUGUGCAUGAAAAUCUACCUAACAUCUAAAAUACUGCAUGGAAACGAAUUCUUGUUUUUUUGGGCAUGUUUUAAUUAAAACCACUAAUGAAAUUCGUUAAAAACAUCGCAUCAUCUAGGUACAGGUAACUCGUAAUAGAAUUAAAGGACCACCGACUCCUCAAAGUAACCCAAAGGCGACUCAACUACCAUUCAUGAUUGACGAAUUGAACG